AUGCCAAAACGACAAGACGAAUCGUCAAUGUCGACCCAUAAUGGAUCGAUGCCGUCAGGAAGAAGUACGCGUGCGAGCGAUUUACUAGAAGGCAGAGCUUGGGAAAAUGUCGAUUCAGCAUCGCAUCCUCGAGCAGCAGCCACCACGAUGAGCAGCUCUCCCUCGAAAACGUCUAUCGCCACACCGCAAAGCCCACUAGCUGAUCUGGUGUCAUCCCCAAACGACAUUGCUGCUGGGAUCGGGCAGGUGUUGGAGGCGCUUGUGUUGGCGUCGACUGCGACGACGACGACAAAGCCAAUCAUGGUGGAAUAUGGAAAUCGGGUGAUGGCGCUGGGACGGAAACGAAUGGGGGUGAUGUCUGGAAGGAACGCGUUUUUGUAUCUGAAGAGCAAAUUUGGGAUUCUCAACACAAAUUCAGCGCUUUACCUUGAAGCAUUGAUUAUUGGUGAAGAAGAAUAUGUAGAAGUUGACUUUGAUGCCUGGGAGGAAUUGGUACCACACAUUAGCAGGUUGCGGAUAAUAUCAUAG